AACGUCCAUGGACUCAAAACUGACGAUUCUUCCGUACUUCGUAUUCUUCCGUCACCGCGCAUUACACUUAUCUGUUGUAAAUCGUCGACAUGUUCGACGUCGCGGGCAGUCACGGUCAAGCAGGUUGCUCGACGACCUUGAAGAACUUUUCUUCUGUUCUUGAAACAGCGAUCGCUUCUUUCGGAGAGACGAAAACUUACCUGCAGCGAUUCGUCGAUGGUCGGGGAUAGUGGUCACUUUUUUUUUUUUCAAAGGACAUGUGGAAAGGUGGAAAGUUUCGCGUGAACUCGACGACUUCGUCGAUCGUGCAAUUCAUGGUCAGGCAAAAUAAUGCAAAAGAGUUUAAAAUAGGAAAUAGUCGGCGAACCCCAAGUCGGUGAACUGAAGAUACCGAAGGAGCUAACCGAUAAACAAAAUGUGGGAAGAUCGGCAGCGUAGUCGAGGAGAGAAUGUGACAUUCAUGGCCAUCUGCAUUAAGUGUUUUGCCGACGGAGUCUGCUAAUGUAACUUGAUAGUAGACUGGCAGCGGAAGUCGGGAUCUCUUCGAAAGGAUUGGUAAUGCAGCAGAGAUAUAGAUCAGUAUUUUGAAUUCUCUUUUGUCGACAAAAGUAAUUUCAAAAGUGGUUCACAGUCAAUCAGAAAAGCACUUAGCAACAGAAAUAUAUUGAACAAAGUCAUCAGAUCUUCUAAACGAUUUCAAGAACAUGAUAUAUGAAUAUGAAAUGACCGCAGAGGUCGACAACAUAGAGAAAAUAAUGUCAAUAUUCAAAAAAUUUAAUCCUAAACUUAAAUAUUCUUUCAAAAGAACAUAUCAGAACUUUUACUUCGAUACAAAUAAACAGUAUGAAAAAGAAGCAGUUUUUAUGCUGCGAAAAUUCGAAGACAAUACUGGGCAGAUAAUUUAUUACAAGGAUAUAUAUAUUGAACAAAUGGUUGAUCACAGUUAUGUAACAUUAUACCUUCCUACACCUCUCGCGGAGGAAUUUAUAGAUAUUUUUUCGCAAAGUAAUGGACACAAAAGGACUAUUUCUGUUACAAGUUACACUUAUCAACGUUACAGUGAGAGAGUUGAUUUAAUAUUGCAUAAGAUCGAUUGUUUGGGUGAUUUUUUAACACUACAGAGAAACCCGACAGAAGAAGAGAGGAAUUUUAUAAAGGAGAAAGAGAUAAUAGAAAUGUUCAAGGAUAUUUUAAAAGAAUUAGGUAUAAAACUAAGCAGGAUAGUGACUAAAUCGUUUCUAGGACUCAUCGAAGAAGCCGAAAGGGGAAUAUAAUGUAAUAUUCAUUGUUCAUAAUAAAAUUCAUUCAAUUUUUUAUGUGCCGUAAAAAAUGUAAAACACUAAAAAGAAUUAAUAAA